CGCGACACUGCUCCAGACGAUCCCCACGCGACUCUACACCAGAUCGCAAAGAUGAAGUCACUGCUCAUUCUUCCUGCUCUCGCCGCUGGCAUACUCGCCUCCAAGGUCGCGCUCAAUAAUCAUGAGCUCGCAGCCCUGCUCGGACGUGCGAUCGACCCCAUAAUCAUGGAUCCAACUCAACUCUCCGUGCUUUCGGUGCUCCGAACAGCUAUGCCUACUGCCUCAGACACUCCCAUGCCCCAAGAUGACUUCGAACCCGAGUGGUAUCAGAACCUCCCUCAGGAUGUCAAGAGCCUGCUACCAUCACUGUACCCCGCGACUACGACUGCUACUCCCACUGACAGAGCGACAUCUGUGACUGAGGUGGUGAGUCAGACGCCUGUCCCAUACGCUGCUUCGUCGAUUGGCGAAUCGUUAUCGUUACUGCCCUCGUCCACCGUCCUGGUAUCCUCGACUUUGGCCAACACAGGCACGGUAAAUGAUACCCUACCUGUUACAUCCGCGCCCACGUCUACAUCUAUUCCCGCGUCUUCGUCACUUUGGACUUCGCAAACCACCGUCACUAAAACACUGCAGUAUGCGCCCACUACCCCGACUGGCAAGAACUCUACAUGGAUUACUGCCUCCGCAAAUGGUACACUUCCUACCGCAUCGCCCUUACCUUCGCCUUCGGGAUCCUUCUCAGCCGGAGCUAAGACUGCUGUUAAGAUGGAGACGCUCGCCGCGAUCGUGUGGAUUAGCGUUGGCGUGGGCUUCUUCAUCUUCGCAUAGAGCAUUUCACCACCGUGCGCAGCAUCUGCGCCCUGUUGCUUCUGCUCGGCGGAUACGAGUUGAGCUAUACUGCGCUCUACAGGCUGGAAUAUGGACUAAGCUUGAAAGGUCUUCACGGACGUUGCUGGAUGAACGAAUGGUUCUGUCUUGGUGUAUUUGAACGCAAAGGAUCUGGGUAUGGGCCAAAAGAUCUCGGAGCACGACGGUUCCUCCUUCCUUUUCACAUGGCAUUAGCGGAGUGGCGGAGCGCAUCAUGUGUACAUUACUCCCGAGAUAUCCCAAUGCUGCUCCAUUGUGUUUUCCAUAUCGGCG